CCACCAAAUCUCUCGCAUGCGCCAUCAAUUAAGCCUCUUCUGAAAACACUCGAAGCUCAACACAUUCUAAAGCCUUAGGGGCCACGAAAUGGGCUGUGCAUCAUCAAAACGAAUUGAGGCGGCCACCGGCGUUGAUGUCUACCGUCCAGCUCCCGCCAGUUUUGCUGUGUUCGAUAUCAACGCCAUACAAGAGCCAUGGCUGACGGGGGGCAAUGAUAAAUCUCAAGAAAACCAAGAGAAACCCACGCACGUGCCUGCUUCAAUUCUCGAGAAGCUCAACAAGUUCGAAACUGAUGCUCCUCAUUCGUGGGACGAGGUUAGCAAAGCUCUAGAAGACCUAAAGCCCACCAUUAAUAAUGAUACCACUGCCAAGUCACCAACUAAACCGGCUCCGCCCGUUAAAACCGCCAUGCAAAGGCCAACCCCACCGCGAAAGAGCGCAUCUUUUCACACACUUGAAGAGUUCGACGAGAAGAUAUCGUCAAAGCCAGCUAAUAAAGAACUGAAAAAAACUCAGUCCAUGCGUACAGAAGAGACGAACAAAAAAAAGCCCGAGCUCAACAAGAUUAAUAACGAGCCAAACAAGUCCGAGCCACGAGUUGAAAUUGGAGGAGGAGGGUAUAAGCCAGUGAAAGAGAACAUAUUCAUCCUCAAAGACAGACUCGAGAAAGAAAAAGAAGGCAAGCAAGCAAUUUUCGAAAAGCUCCGACGAGACCCAUUAAGCGACUUCCCAGAGAAGUGUCCACCAGGCGGAGCAGACUCAGUGGUGGUAUACACGACGUCGUUGAGAGGAGUCCGCCGCACAUUCGAGGACUGCGCGCGCGUGCUGAACAUAUUCGAGGUGCACCGCGUGGUGACGGACGAGAGAGACGUGUCGUUGCACGGAGAGUUCUUGAAGGAGCUGAGGGAGUUAUUGGGAGAAGAAGAAGCGAGCGUACCGAGGGUAUUCAUGAAGGGGAGAUACGUGGGAGGAGUGGAAGAGUUGAGUGAGUUGAACGAGACAGGGAAACUGGGGAGGAUAGUGAGAGCGGGGCGUUUGGAAACAGGAAUAGGGAGACAAGCGUGUGAAGGGUGUGGAGGGGCGAGGUUUGUGCCGUGUUUGGAAUGUGGUGGAAGCUGUAAGGUUGUGGUGGAUGGAGUAAAAGAGAGGUGUGGGAAGUGUAAUGAGAAUGGGUUAGCUCAUUGUCCUGCUUGUGCUUAGUGGGCUUUCUUUUGUUUAUUGUGGUUGGAUUUUAUACAUUUUCAUUUUCUACCAUUGUAUGAAUUUGUUGACUUUCAGUAUUUGGGUUGUAAAAAGUUUAUUGUGUUCGAGUAAUCGGAGAGAGAUUCACUAUAUUUGUACAAUUACCUUGGUUUAUUGAUCUUGUAAAGUGUUUCGUAA